CUGGGGCGGAGGCGGGAAGGACGGAGGCGCUGAGGGGCCUCAGGCGCGGGGCCGUGAGGGGCGCGGGGGAAGCGGCUGCCGGCGCCUCCGCCUCGCCGAGCACACAAAGGAAGGAAGCCCAGUUUUAAACCUGAGAAAACGAGAGAAGAAGUGGCGAUGCCUUCUGACGGGGCAGAAUACACAAUUGGGGGGGUGAAGAUCCUCUUCCCCUGCAAGGCUUACCCCUCCCAGCUGGCCAUGAUGAACGCUAUCGUGAAAGGCUUGAAUGGCAGGCAGCACUGUUUGCUGGAGAGCCCCACAGGAAGUGGCAAGAGCUUGGCGUUGCUUUGUUCUGCAUUGUCCUGGCAGCAGGCUUUGUAUGAGAAGUCAGUGCCAACCUCAUCGUGUGACAAGGAGGACAGGAAGGCAGAGCCAUCCCCACCCUGUCGCUGCAAGUGUCACUCCCAGCUCAAGAAUGAGGCUGCAACGAGUGGGACUCCCAGUGCUCCUUGUUCUGCCAAUUAUCCCGACCCAGGAACUUCCAGGAGACCUGGAAGCCCACUGUCAAACACAGAAUGGAAGGAAAAUGAAACGCUAGCUUCAAAGCUGUCCGCCAAAAAAAAGUUAUCUCUUUGUGACAGUGAGAAGGAUGAUUUCCAAGUGGACAGGAAGAGGAUUCGUCCUUUAGAAACAGAGCAGCAGCAGGUUAGAAAACGUCACUGCUUUGCCAAAGGAGUGCAGUUGGUUGAUGCUUUGGAAGUUUAUCAUCAGAGGAAAAAUGGAGAGCUGACUGUUCACUCUGAAAAAAGCAUGAAAAGCACUCCUUUUUCUCCCCAAACACCUCCUGGCCCUUGCACUGAGUGUUCCUGUGCUUCUGGGAAAGAGCCUGAUAAAGAUCCCAGUCACGCAAAGAAGAAAGAAAAUGGAGAUCGGUUGUGUGUUCCCAAAAUAUUUUUUGGGACACGAACACACAAGCAAAUCACGCAGAUCAGCAGGGAGCUGAAGAGGACAGCGUACUCCUGUGUCCCCAUGACAAUCCUUUCCAGCAGGGAUUACACCUGCAUUCAUCCUGUGGUGUCCAACAGCAGUAACAGGAAUGAAAUGUGUGUAGAACUGCUGGAAGGAAAACAUGGCAAGUCCUGCUCUUAUUACCACGGUGUUCACAAGCUCAGUGAGCACCACGCCCUGCAGCCUGCCCCUGGGCUGUACCAGGCUUGGGACAUUGAAGACCUGGUGGGCCUGGGCAGGAAGCUUCGUGCCUGUCCCUAUUUUGCAGCCAGGGAGCUCAUGGUGGGGGCAGACAUCGUGUUCUGUCCCUACAAUUACCUCCUGGACCCACAGAUCCGGGACAGUAUGGACAUUAACCUAAAAGACCAAGUCGUCAUUUUGGAUGAAGCCCACAACAUUGAGGACUGUGCUCGGGAGUCCGUGAGCUUCGGGGUUAGCGAGAGCCAGCUCCGAGCUGCCCGCGAGGAGCUCGAUUUCAUGGUCAGCAACAACAUCAGGCAGAAGCACCAUGAGCCCCUCCGAGCUGUCUGCUGCUCCUUGAUAAACUGGCUGCAGGAGAGCUCUGGGCAGCUGGUGGAGAGAGCCUAUGAAACUGCCUGUAAGGUGUGGAGUGGCAAAGAAAUGCUCAGCUUUUUGUACAAAAUGGGAAUAACUGGGAUGACUUUUCCCAUUUUACAGAAACAUCUUGUUGCUGUCCUGGAAAAAGAAGAAAAAGUAUCCAUGCAUGGGAGAGAGGAAACUAUCGAGGUGCCAAUCGUGAGCCCUGCAGCACAGAUCGUGCUCAAAGGCCUCUUCAUGGUCCUUUCCUGUCUCUUCAAAGAGAGCAGCAGGUUUGCAGAUGAUUACAGGGUUGCUCUACAACAAACUUACACCUGGAUGGCUGAAGACCAACGUGAUGAUGCAGAUACAAGUUCCUUCUUCCCGAGGCCCAAGCACAAAAAGAGUUCAAGGCAGAAAACCCUUGUCCACAUGCUGAAUUUUUGGUGCUUGAACCCUGCUGUGGCUUUUUCUGACUUAAAUGAAGUUAGAACAAUUGUUCUGACAUCAGGCACACUCUCUCCCAUGGAUUCCUUUUCCUCAGAGCUUGGUGUGAAGUUUUCCAUUCAGCUGGAGGCAAAUCACGUUAUCCGGAAUUCCCAGGUUUGGGUUGGCACGGUGGGAGCGGGCCCCAACGGGCGGAAGCUGUGUGCCACCUUCCAGCACGCAGAGACCUUCGAGUUCCAGGACGAGGUGGGAGCCCUGCUGCUGGCAGUCUGUCAGACAGUUGGCCAAGGAAUUCUGUGCUUUUUGCCAUCCUACAAGAUGCUGGACAAGCUAAAGGAUCGUUGGAUGCACACUGGCUUGUGGAGGAGCCUGGAGGAUGUUAAAACAGUCAUUGCAGAGCCCCAGGGAGGGGCCAAGAGUGACUUUGAUGAGCUGCUGAAAAUCUACUAUGAUGCAAUCAAAUGUAAAGGAGAAAAAGAUGGGGCUCUCCUGAUAGCUGUGUGCAGAGGGAAGGUCAGUGAGGGGCUGGAUUUCUGCGAUGAGAACGCCAGGGCAGUCGUGACCAUCGGAAUCCCCUUCCCAAACGUCAGGGACCUGCAGGUUGAAUUAAAGAGGAAGUACAAUGACCAGCACAAAAGUACAAGAGGCCUUUUAUCAGGGAGCCAGUGGUAUGAAAUUCAAGCUUACAGAGCUCUCAACCAAGCCCUGGGAAGGUGUAUAAGGCACAGGAAUGACUGGGGGGCUCUCAUUUUAGUUGACGACCGCUUCAGGAAGAACCCCAAUAAAUACAUAACUGGGCUGUCCAAGUGGAUCCGGCAGCAGGUGCAGCACCACGGCGCUUUCGGCAGCGCCCUGCAGUCCCUGCGCGCCUUCGCCCUCCGCAACCAGGGGGGUGGGGAGCCUUCCUCAGAGCCCAGCUCAGAGCUCCCUGCACUGCCCGGGCACCUCUCACAGGGCUCUCAGCAAGAGGCCAGCACUCCUCCGUCCCCUGAUGUUCCUGCUAAAAGUCAGGAGCAAAACGUGGGCUCGGAAGUUCACUUUACUGCAAGCAUCAGCUCAGUUCAUCCCCCAGCACGGGAUCGGCCAAGUGACAGCAUGGCAGCAGUGAGACCAAGUGACCAGAAAGUUGAUGUAGAGAGCCAUUCUCACCAUGUAAAACAGAGAAGGAAACGUAUGGACUGCACCCCCAAAGUGGCAGCAGUCAAAACAGAGAGAGAAAAAAUGAAUGGUUGGAGCACUGCUGAUGUUGUGGAGGAGAAUUGCUGCUCUGAACCCCUGACUUCAACCCCUGUAGCCCAGAACUGCAGGGCCACAGCAGGCAGCAGCCAGGAGCAUGUGAAUGGGCCCAGUGACCUUAUUGAUCAUUUCAAUCAAUGCCAAUCAUCAUUAAUUGCAGAACAUAAACCAAAUGGACCAAAAUCAUGUUUGGAAACAACUCAUUGUUCAGUUCAGAGUGCUGAGGCCCCAGGUGCUGAAGGACAUCCUGGUAAGCUCCAGCUUCCAGCUGAGCCCUGCAGGGAGUUCCCCUCAGCAGCAGGGAGAGCUGAGCCUUCAGCAUUAAAUGAGGAUGAGGAGGAGGAUGAAAGCAUUUACUUCACCCCAGAACUCUAUGAUGAUGCAGACCCGGAGGAGCAGAGAGCUGAGCCCCCAGUCCCAGCCUGUUGUAGCACUGGGAAUUGGGUGGGAUGUGGGAACUCCUCAGUCCCUGCUGAUCCUUUUGCCACCAGCACCUCAGAAACCCAGAAUGGGAGCGCAGAAGCUGAGGCUGGCAGGAGUCCCCGUGGAACCGUGGAAGAUGUGAGGAGCAGGGACAGUGCAGUUGGUGCUCUAGGGGUGGCAGCUGCAGCAGGAGCAGAGCAGGGAGGAGCUCAGGAGAUGGACACCCCUAAAAGGAAAAUCAGCCUCUCCAGAUCCCGAAAAAAAGGUGUGUCAUCCUUCCUGCUGGGCAAUAGUGGCACCUGGUGACAGCUUCUGUGGGAAUUGUGGUGGGCAGCCCUCAAAACACCACGGGGCAGCUGCACCUUGCUUGUCCUCAUGGAACAAAAGCUUCCCUCAGGCUCCAUUUCCCAUCGUAUCUUUGGGGUUUUCCCUGGGGGAGUUUUGCCACGGGCAGUUUUCUAGGGAUAGGAUGAAGAUUCUUCAUCCUGACUUCAUGGCUGGAGGACAUCAUGUCUGGAAAUUCUGAAUAGAAACCCAAGUAGGAUCUGACCUGCAAUUAUUGGUUUGUCCAUGACAGAUUUAAUUAAUCCACCAGUAAAUACAGUCAAAUAAUUGGGUUUUUCCUCAGGAAGCCAAACACCCAUAUAACCAAAUUAUGGAUUUCUGCAUUUGUUAGAUUGGGGUUCUUUAGUAAAACAUGUAGAACAGCAGCUUUGCAGAUCAAGUCAUAGACAGAUUGAGCCUAAACACCAAAACAGGGAUAUUCUCCAGUACUUUGGUUCCUUCCAGUUUCUUACAUCAAGAUGUCCUGCAGGAGCUGUGCACAUUUUGAUAUUUGAUGAAGAUGAGAAGCUUCUUCAGAGAAAAAUUGGAGAUUUCUUUAAGUUUUCCUUUUGUGAGAGGAUCUCAUUUCAGUUGGUUGGGGUCUGUGUUUAUUCGUGUCAAAACCUGUUCUCAUUUCUAUGUCCUACAAGCACUUUUUACGUGUAACAUAUAAAUGUAAAUUGUACACAAA